AUGGAAGUCUACAAAAGCAUUUUGAAGAUCCAGGGAAGGAGCCUCAGACUUGCUCUGGAAGCGUCAGUGGCUGAGAUGAAGGGCCGCAGAGCAACGUUUUCUUUAGAAUGCCAAGCUGGGAGUCAGCUCUUGCUGCAGAAGGAUCAGCCAAGGCCGAAACGAUGGAGGCUGCAGCGGAACCUGCGGGCACACCUGGGUCCUUCCGGUGUGAAGCUCCGCGCACGAGCUCUGACUGCCCGGGAAGACGGCGGCGGGCGGGAGGGCGGCUCGGCGGGAGCCUUGACCGGCGAGCUGCGCCACCGGCGGCAGCUGCAGCGCUCCGUGCUCCCAGGAGGGGUCAGCACAGCUCGGGAGAGGAGCGCCCACGGCCAGCUUCCUACGCGCCCCAGCCACAGCCGCGCAGCCUCGGCCGUCCGCGCGCCCUGCCGCGCCCGCGCCCUCCGGCGGCGUUUCUGCCUCACGCUGUGCCAGAGGAAAGGGAGGGAGACUGCCCAGCGCCCGGCGACGGUCCGGGCGUCUCAACUGGGGGUCUCCACCCUCUCGCUUUGGGUGGCUACAGGGUUUCCUAAUUUUCUGUUUUCUAGAGUUGACGGGAUUAUGUACCCAAAAGAGCAUUGUAUGGAUACCUUUUCCAGGAAUGUACAAAAUGCGUGGGGUUUUUCUCGGAAUGAACUUCUCCUUCUGCAAGUUUUGAAAUAG